GGCAACCGACAUUGCUGCCGACGGAAAAACAAAGCAGAGUUUGUACGCAGUUAUUUAUUCACGUAUCUAUCCAGAACGCUUAGCUCCAUUUUGUUUUGCACGGUGUUAACCGGAAAGCAACUCCAAUAUACACAUGAACAUGUCUAAGCGGCUCAGUAACAAGAAGUGCGAUGUGACGAAGCUGUUUGAUACACUUUGGAAAGAAGCGAACCAGCACCGCGUCGCCAUACUGAUCCAGAACCAGCCGGAUAAGGAUAAGUUAGCAGAGCUCAUUAAGCGCAAGACCGAUGACUUUCUGCGCACGUUCCCGUUUCGUGACCGGCUUAAGCUGCAACCCGACACAAAGGACAAUGCGAAAGCGCUUGCGGCCCGCAAUCGUGGCAAUGAACUGUUCGUCCCAAUGCAAGGAAAGUACUUGGAGUCGCUCCAGCACUACAACGAGAGCAUCGCGUACUCCGAGCCAGGUUCAGAAGCAAGAGCGCUUGCGUACGGCAACCGGUCGGUGGUCUGUCUGAAGUUAGGCCUGUCCCAAGAGUGUUUGGAAAACAUACGCCUAGCGCGGGCCUCGAACUACCCGGCGCGAUUGACGGACAAGCUGAACAAGCGCGAGCAGCACGUGAAGCGAAGUAUCGAAAAUGAUGCUCAAAUCAUUCCGCGCAGAGUGACGCAUACGCCUGGAAAGUAUUGGGCACGUGAAACGGGCUGUCCGGCACUGCAAUUGAGCUAUGAGACGCAUGCAAACAUCCCCCACCUGGCGAAAUGUGUGGAGUUGCGCCAGAACAGCCAAUACGGUCGUCAUAUGGUGACGACGCAGCAUCUAAAGGCAGGGGACGUGUUUUUGAUUGAGAAGCCGUACGCAAACUUGCUAUGUGACACAGAACGGUACAAACGUUGCGCUUUUUGUCACAAUGAGGACACGUUUACGCUCAUUCCUUGCGAGGGAUGCACCGUGGCGAUGUACUGCUCGAAGGAAUGUAUGGACCAAGCGCACAAGCAGUACCAUCGGUACGAGUGUGGCGUGCUGCGUGACUGUUGGCGCAUUGUUGGCCACUUGUUGGGGGGCAUGGUGGGAUUGCGUACGGUUGCCACGGCCAUCGCAUCCUUCGACCAGGAUCUCGAGGGAUGGAAUGAUCAUCUGAAUACGCUGGACGAAACGAAGGUGAAUGCAUUCACGGUGGACUGGAACAAAGCAACGGUCAGCGAUAUCUACGACACGGUACACGUGCUCGCCACGAACCAGAAACGUCGAGGUCGCAAAGAGCUGUCGAAACUCAUAUUUUUCACCUCCAUCGUGCACCUACUACUGCUGGAACGCACCGAGCUCGGACCGUUGUGCGAGUCAAACCCGGCAAGAAGCAAACUUCUGUUCGAUCUGCUGCUUCGUCACGUGCAAACGUCCCUGAUCAACAAGAAGGGUGUAUAUCACAUGACACGCUCGAAGGACGAUGAGGAGGAAGACGAGUAUGAGGACAAUUAUUUCGGGUACGAUAGGGACGAUGAGGAGGAACAGGAAUACACGGACUACGGGGAGGAAACGCAUGCAAUUGCCGUUUACCCCUUGUUUAGCAUGGUGAACCAUAGCUGCAUACCGAACGUGGCCCCGAUCCAUCUGCUCGAUGGCCGGUGUGCCUUUGUAGCCUGCCGACCGAUCGCUGCCGGAGAGCAGCUGUUCGACGUCUAUGACUUCGCUACAAUGGAGUUCGACCCCUCGUUCCGAAGAUAUUGUCUGAAGCAAUCGUACUUUUUCAACUGUCGCUGCCCGGCAUGCCAAUCUGGUUGGCCCAUGCCUUUCUGUAAUAAGAGCCCAGCGGAAGAACUUUUUCUCCUACUGCUGCGUGAGAUGGAUAACGUGGUGCAGGGACUGCCACGGCUGGUAGAGUACAUGAACCAGGCCGGGCGGCACUAUCCGAAGCAUCAGAUUACGGCCGCGGAGGUGAUACUGUCGCAUACCCUGCGCAUGAUUCACAGCUACUCGCCGGUGGAUGAUAUGCUCAACGAGAUGGAGGGUAUUGCUGAGAUUGGUUUGGAAGCUAUUUUUAAGCGAAUUUUGAUAAGGAACUUCAGAUAGUGUGGAUUUCGCUGUUACUGAUCUCAUUCGCCCUACCUGAAUACUGAAUCUCGCUCUCUCUGUUUCAUUGUUUAUGCUGUAAGCGUUAGUGUUUCUUUUUGGGGAAGUUUUGGGAAUUUUCAUUUUACAUCAUCAAAACAAUCAAGAAAAACUAUAUUUUAAGUAUUGCAAGCAGAGAGCUUAUUAGCCCGGUGUUAAGCUGAUAAUAAUGAAAAAAAAAAAAAAAUAUUCCAAUCAGGUGCCGGAAGGAAAUAAAAAAAUAAUUCUAGGAUGUUACCACCAAACGAAUCAUUUCCAUGGCAGUGCCAUCAAAUUGUUAACAAGCAGAGGAUACGGCACCGAUUCUUUUGUUUAUGGUUUAUAAGUAAACUGGAAUCGUCAUCUACUUAAAAGUAU